UCUCUCUCGUUCUUCCUCACAAGAUAUCUUUUAUCAUUCUGCAAGUAACCAUGGUUGUCUUAUCUCAAUCCGUCGCACACAUUAACCUCCCUACCAUCAACUCAUUCGAUAGCAACUUCACUCAGAUUCCGGUGGUUGAUCUUUCGAACCCCGAUGCACAAAUUCACAUUGUCAAUGCCUGUCGAGAGGUUGGGUUCUUUAAGGUGGUGAACCAUGGAGUUCCAAUGGAAAUGGUCACUAGCCUUGAAACUCAAGCUAUGAGUUUCUUCAAGCUGCCUCAGCAGCACAAAGACAAAGCGGCUCCUUUCGGGUACGGAAACAAGUGCAUUGGCCAACGAGGCGAUACUGGCUGGGUUGAGUACCUUCUUCUCGGUACUAAUACCGGACUCAUUGCACAAGACUCCCCUGCCAUUUUCCCUCAUGACUUCUGGCUUAUGAUAAGGAAAUAUUUGGCGGCCUUAGAAAAGUUGACCUGUGAAGUACUGGAGAAGAUGGCUGAUGGUUUGAACAUUGAGCCGAGAACUGUGUUGAGCAGGUUGGUGAGUGCUGAAAAGAGUGACUCUUACUUCAGGAUAAACCACUACCCGGCCAGUGAUCAAACUAAGCUCGGGUUCGGAGAACACACCGACCCACAAAUCAUAUCAGUCAUAAGAUCAAACAACGUUUCAGGCCUGGAAAUUGCACUGAAAGAUGGGACUUGGGUGCAAGUUCCACCUGAUCCCACCUCUUUCUUCAUCACUGUUGAUGACUGUCUACAGGUGCUGACUAAUGGGAGGUUCAAAAGUGUGAAGCAUAGAGUGAUCACAGAGAGUCUGAAAGAGAGGAUAUCAAUGAUCCACUUUGGAGGGCCACCUCCCAAUGAAAAGAUUGCACCAAUAGCUUCACUUAUGGAAGAAGGGGAGGAGAGCCUGUACAGAGAGUUCACAUGGGAUGAUUAUAAGAAGGCUGCCUUCAAUACUAAGUUAGCUUGCAACAGGAUCAGCUUCUUUGAGAAAUGUCCUGCUUAGUUAGCCUCAAGUCAACCCCACAAUUCCUUUUUAAGGAAAGGUGCAUGUCUGUUUUUCUUCGAGAGUCUUUCUGUUUCUUGCUUUUGGAAGUUUGUAAUAUAGGUUGCAGCUCUACCUUUGUUUCGAGUUGUGCUUUCAGAUAAUGGAUCGUACCUUGUGUUUUUCUUUAAUCUGUUGUUGCAAUGUUUAGUGAUAAUGUUUCGGUUUCGCGCUUUA